AAUUUGCUGACAUUUGGCGCAGCUGGCAUUGCUUUUUCGGUUUAUCUCUAUGAAAAAGUUAUAAAAGUGUAGGACAUUUAGUGAAUAUUUUUCCUGAAAAACACAAUUAAGAAUACGCCUCAAGAAAAGUAGCAGUAGCAGAGAGAUGGAUUUCCAUUCAACAGCAGUGACCAUUGCAGAUGUUAGUCCCCCCCAUAGUGAGAGCGAAGGUGGCGAGGAUAUUGGAACAGCUGGCAAUGCGGUUGAUAUCCUGAUAAAGCUGCAACACCUGCAGGCGAAUCAUGUGUGGCUACGACAACGGCUGACAGAUUGGCAGCGACAGGCGUUAACUGAACGUUUGGCCCGACAAAGGCGCAUCUACAUUAAGGGUGCCAAACUGGAGAGGAUGCUGCGAACACUUCAGGCCAAACAUAAUCGCAAGUGGCAACUAUAGGACAUGGUUAGUGAAAUUUUCACUUAAAUGACUCUGGAAUAUAAACUACUCAGCUGUGUAUAUGUUUAUUAUAAUGAUGAUAAAGUUUAUUUUACAUUAAACUAUUA